CCAUGCCCCGCAUAGAUGCAGAUCUGAAGCUGGACUUUAAGGAUGUCCUGCUCCGACCCAAGCGAAGCAGCCUCAGGAGCCGAGCCGAGGAUUGAUGUAGGUUGAAAUCACUUCAGAGACCAGAGAUCCACCCCUGUGUGUCUCCUGCCAGUUCUCCUGGGGAAGCACCUGCUUUCAGAAUGAUCCUGGGUCCCUCACGGUCCAGCCCAGGGGACAAACAGUGCUGAGUAGGUGGAUCUUGAGUGUACCUUCACGUUUCGGAACUCGAAGCAGACCUACUCGGGGAUCCCCAUCAUUGUGGCCAACAUGGACACCGUGGGGACAUUCGAGAUGGCAGCAGUGAUGUCACAGCACUCCAUGUUUACGGCAAUUCAUAAGCACUACGCCCUGGAUGAAUGGAAGCUCUUUGCUGCUAAUCACCCAGAAUGUCUGCCGCACGUGGCCGUGAGUUCGGGCAGCGGGAAGAGCGAUCUGGAAAAGAUGAGCAGCAUCUUGGAAGCCGUGCCGCAGGUCAAGUUUAUCUGCCUGGACGUGGCCAAUGGGUACUCAGAACAUUUUGUGGAAUUCGUGAAGCUGGUGCGUGCCAGAUUCCCAGAACACACUAUCAUGGCCGGGAACGUGGUGACAGGGGAGAUGGUGGAAGAGCUUAUUCUUUCUGGAGCAGACAUAAUCAAAGUGGGCGUCGGACCAGGCUCUGUGUGUACCACCCGCACCAAGACCGGGGUGGGCUACCCCCAACUGAGUGCCGUGAUCGAGUGUGCGGACUCCGCCCACGGCCUGAAGGGGCACAUCAUCUCCGACGGAGGCUGCACUUGUCCAGGAGAUGUCGCCAAAGCCUUUGGGGCCGGAGCCGAUUUUGUCAUGCUGGGAGGGAUGUUUUCGGGCCACACUGAGUGUGCCGGAGAGGUGAUUGAGAAGAACGGGCAGAAACUCAAGCUCUUCUACGGGAUGAGCUCUGAAACCGCGAUGAAGAAACACGCAGGAGGGGUCGCCGAAUACAGAGCUUCCGAGGGCAAGACCGUGGAAGUGCCUUACAAAGGGGAUGUAGAAAACACUAUUCUGGAUAUUCUUGGGGGACUGAGGUCCACGUGCACUUACGUGGGGGCCGCCAAACUCAAGGAGCUCAGCAGGAGGGCGACGUUCAUCCGGGUGACGCAACAGCACAACACGGUGUUCAGCUAACCUUGAGGAUGCGGUGACUUCUGGCUCACGGGAGCUUCCACGCACACCUGCUCUCCCACCUCCUCCUGUGACAUCAGAGAUUCUGGUUGCUCCUGAAUGUUGGACUCCUGCCUCCCCCUCCCCCACCUGCCGUCCGGAGGCUUUGGGGCUCCCCUAGUGCCUUCCGGGGCCCCGGAAGCAGGGCGCUGACCGGGUCUGUGGUCAGAGCCCAGCUGCCUGGAACUCAUAACCUCAUUGUUCAAAUCAACUCCCCUUUUCCUUCCUUCCUUCCUUCCUUCCUUCCUUCCUUCCUUCCUUCCUUUUUUAAAGAAAAAUGGUUUCACUUUAAUAUAAUGCAAUUAUCUUAAGACUUGGAGUGCUGGAGUUUGCCUUUGCAGGAAGCAGGUUGUCAAGGGAGCUGGGGGUUCUCUACCUACUUCCCAUGCUUGGCUCUUAGCAGUCACAGAGGGGAGGUGAAGGGAGGGGAGGGGAGGGGAGGGGAUGGGAGGGGAGGGCGGCCAGGCCUGUCAGGGUAACCCUCCAACCCCCCUCUGCUUUUGGUUGCUGGAAAAGAACCGAAAGCACCCGACCGGAACUUGGAGACUUGGCUUCGUGCAGAUACUCAUGAGGCAUGGUGGCAUGUUUUCACCACCUGCGUUACACGUGCCUUCUGGGAACAGGUAUCUGUCACCAUAAGGUCGAUGCUGCUUUGAGGACACUGUCCCUGUCCCGGUUUUUCAUUGAGUUUUGUUUCCCUUCAUCUCCUCCCUCCUCCAUCUCGACCUGUCAGGCUGGCCUCUCUCUUAGAUCGGAAGUUAUUUUGGAGCUCCGUGGGAUGUUUGGUGGAAAGGUCACCCACCAAAACCUGGGCAAGUGGAAUCCCGCUGAAAGACUGCAAACAGCUUGACCUGAGGCUUCCCGAAAGUCAUUGACUUCAAUUAGGAGUGAGAAUUAUUCCCUUCUCUGGGCCAUCGAUAUUCUCAAGAAAGGUAUUCUUGUAAAGUGGUCAGUUCACUGGUGACAAUGCUAUUUUCUGGGAGAAAGGACCCGGGCCUUGGAGGAGUGUCCCACUAUGGCACUUCGUGAAACCGUGAACGUGGAUUUGUUAACAGUGGCCACUUCUUUUGAGGCAUUGCUUGAGGAUUAAGACUGGAAAGUACAUGCAGACCAGGAUGUUUCACUUUCUUUUCUUUUAAACAAGGUUUAGAGAAGCAGACGCGAGAGUGCAUUUUCCUUUAAAAAAUUAAGUGACUCUCCUGGAAUAGAGAAGGAUCACACAGUGCUACCGUGGUAAGGACCCCGAUGUCCACGGUGACGGACACCAUACAAAGAAUCCAUCGAAACCAUAAUGUUCCAGGAAACUAUCCAUCCGUUUGUAGUUUUCUAAGAACGCAUUUAUGGGUUCAGCACCUUCAAGGCUGUUGUAAACUUUUCGCCCCUGACUCCAUUAGGAAUAGUUAUUGUGCUUGUGGAAACGUGAAUUGGCUACACGUUUGAGACGAGGAGGGUCCGGAGGCUGUUUCAACAUAGAGCAAGAUGUGGGGUUUUGCUGGAGGCACCCCAUGUUUUCCGUUUGCUUGUCUGAGGUUUGAGUCCCACACUGUUCCUGUGGAAGAUGGUUUCUACUCAAGCUAGUGAGUUUAAGAGAUUCUCUGUUCCAAUAAGGGAGAGAAGUAAAAGAAGGGAGAUCUUAAAGAAAUCCAUGCAAGAUGUACUAGCGGUAGUAAGGGAACUUUCUGGGCACCCCUUGCUUAGCCUGGACUCACCACUGUCCCCCUCUUACAUCCGGCUGCGGUGCUACACGCAGAGGGGUCUGGGACAGGGAUGCCCAUCAACCCAGUAGGGGCUGUGGUCUUUGCAGAGGCCUGUGCCUGCCUUAUCCAUCUUGUGUAAAGAUUUUGUACCCUCUCUGCUCUUGGUUUCCACCUGCUGGAGGCAGGUCCCUUGCUGAGCUAGUGUUGACGGAAGCGAAUCACCCGGAAGCAGAGAUUUUGCGAAAAGCUCCUCGAAGGCCCCGUCGUGCUUUGCCUUCGUACGUGCAUCUCUGCCUCCAGUAGCGCUGGGCCCCGGGGGGCCCCGAUGGGGUAUCAGGUGCGGCGCUGGGUGCCCGAGUGCUCAACCGCCGCCCCCAGGCCCUCCGGUGCAGGAGUGGGUGCCGGAAGGUGUCCGCGAGUGAGACGCCGUUCACCAGGGGCCGUUCCUGCUAUGCAUCUGGUGGUUUCGAGGCCCGUCCCAUUGCCGCACGUGACACCGCUUUUCCCCUCGUGUGAACAUUUGAGCCAAGUCUGUAGCCACUGGGCCCCAACCUCUCAGAACCGUAAGCAUCGAGUAUUACAUCAGCGGGGAAGGCGGUGAUUCAGGCUGCUUUCCCCAGACUUGCCCGUAGCACGUGGCACGUCCGUCCAGACCGCCCUGGAGGGAGGGGCAGGACCCCCUCGUGGGCUGCAAGGUCCCCCGGAUCCCCACCCCCUUGCCCCGGUGCCGUGCAUACUCUUUUCAGCGCUAAUGCUCACAGCUCAUCGGGGCCUCAAUGCCAAGUCCCCAGAGGAGAGUCUUGGCGAGCUCCCCGCCCCCAAACAUCUAACCAGGAAGACAGCAAGAGGAAAGGGGUCACACGCUCCUCCCUGGGCUCAGUGAGAACCCUGAAUUUAGCACUGAGAACUCCCUUCCGUCUCUGCAGAAGGAUUUGAUAGCCACACGUGCAGAUGGGGGGUGCCGCCGCCGCCGCCGCCGCCGGCAUGGGUCCCCGGGGAAUUAGUUUCUGGGGUAACUAAGCCGCAUCUCCCUGAGAGCGGACACAGGGGAAACCUACCGAGCAGCGCUCUUGAGACAAAUGGGGCCUCCUUUUCCGCAUGCCAGGAGGUCCCCCUGGCUUGCUGAGUUUUUUUUAACAGGCAUGAGCUAAAGGAAAUUCGAAGGAACUUUCCACCUUGGGACCACUAACCAGUGUGUAGCAAGGCCACUGGAGUCCCGUGAAGCUGCCAAAUGCUGUCUAGAAACAAAGAUCUCUUGUAAACAGCAUUGUUCAGCUAGGAGGAAAUAAACGUGAACUGAAUAAGCCCAAAGCGGGUGUUGAAACGUGCCUUUUAUCUCAGGCUCUCAUCUCCUGCAUGGCCAAGCCUUCCUCCCCACCUCCCCGAAAAGCAUUCCUAGGAAAGGCAAUGCCUUGCAUCCACUCCCCACUGCAAUGGGACCGGCGAUCACAGCGGGGCUAAUUCUGGCGAGGGGGCGGGGGGGGGGGGUUACCAUUCUUUUCUCAACCUUUGUCUUGAAACACCUGACAGAGGCAAGGACACACAUUUGCAAUUGGCACUGUUAUUUUUAUUAGUACGAGUAUACUGAAACAAUAAACUUGUACUGGUAUACAGACAAUUUGUUUAAAACAAUUUUGUUCAAAUUUUGAAUCAAACAUUGUUUUCUUAUAAUAAUGAAAUAAUUUCUACCUAGAAAACCUGCAAGCACCAUCAAAGAAAGGGACCAUAAAAUUCAAUAAACAGACUCGAGUGUAUCCUACAAAUAGACACACCACGAUUAGAAAAUAGAAUAUGAAUUCUUCCAUUUUUUUUUUAAUAUUUGUUUUAAAAAAGCUAGUGCAAGUACAAUAUUUUACACUGGAAUUACAGAGAGUAUGCACGCAUAUGGAAAAAAGUUCUGUCACAAUAAAAGCUCUUAACUAUGUAUGCACUUAAAAGUUUUCUUUUCAGUAAGGUGCAAAACAUUCCUUCCCUAGUUCUCCUCUGUACUGGCCGUGUCAGUCUGAUAUUGCCCCAAAGUUCUGGUGUCUCUUUUCCCUUGGCCGGUGGGAGGCAUACGAUUGGAAGUUUGGUGGGUAAUGAUCUGAUAGUAAAACAGACAGUGAUAUGAAUCUCAGAGAUGGCUCUGGGGCCAGGGCCCCACUGGCCAGAAGUUAGGACUGUCUUAAACCCAGGCCACCACGAAUACUGGCAGGGCUCUCCCGAGACCUCCAUUCACUUGACCCUAAAUGGGUUUACAGGUGAACACCGAGCCGGAAGAAACCACCCCAAAAGGGCAGUAUUCGCGGGACCGAAUGUAUAGGUGUCAAACUAAAUGUUCACGGACUGAACAGUUGACCCCAUUCCUGGACCAGAUAAUAAGAGCAGUGGUUCCUGGAAGAACCAGAGGAAACGUACACGCCCAGCUUCUUGAUAAGGGCCGUGUAAAGACACAGCUCUAAGCCAGCGUCAGUCACGUCAGACUUGAUAUUCCCGGAGGACGGUAUAUUAGCCCGGCAAGGAAUGCUGUAAGCAGCACUUCCAACGCAAACCUUCAGACUGGCCAUGGAAAAGGAGACCGGCUCGUUGGCCAUCCAGACAGCAAACAAACAAAACUAAAGGGGAAGAAAACUUGGGUGAAGUCUUCGAUUAUCUGCAGUGGAAGACUCGAGUCCUUUCGGAUAAGAAAAGUGACGGAAAUUCUUAGAGACUGUUGCUGUGUCCGUUCUACCUAUUGGCCAAAUGCACUUAAUCUUAAUACAGCUGAACCAUUUGUACGCAAGUCACGAAAGACGUGAAAAACUGAAGCCGCUGUUCCCUCCCGCCAUCGUACAGGUGAAUGUCAGCUACCAGAAACGUUGCAUUGAAUGGUAAGGGAGGGGCUGAGAUUCUGAAUUUAAGAACUGUAGGUGGGUUUGUUCAGUGUCCCCACAGCUGUCCAGUUUCUGCUGGCUGCUUUGUGUCUGGGACAGAAUAGGACUCUUCUGAGAAGUUGUUCCGUG